AUGACCACGGUUUAUAUCGCGUCAAAUGCAACAGUGGCUGAUAAAUCUGGUAGUGGAGAUCUUGCCUUUUGGAUGCCUUGUGAGGAGUGGCUGAAAGAACUGGGCUUACUCGGCCUGGAGCAGAGGCCGUUUCGCAAGCAUGGAGUUGUCCCUCUGGCUACCUAUAUGCGCAUCUACAAGAAGGGUGAUAUAGUUGAUAUCAAGGGUAUGGGUACUGUUCAAAAAGGUAUGCCCCACAAGUGUUACCAUGGCAAGACUGGAAGGGUAUAUAAUGUUACUCAGCACGCUGUGGGCAUUAUUGUUAACAAGCAGGUUAAGGGCAAGAUUCUUGCCAAGAGAAUUAAUGUGCGUAUUGAGCAUAUUAAACAUUCCAAGAGCAGAGACAGCUUUCUGCAGCGUGUGAAGGAGAAUGAAAGGAAGAAAAAGGAAGCAAAAGAAAAAGGCAUUUGGGUUCAACUGAAACGUCAGCCUGCUCCACCAAGAGAAGCACACUUUGUGAGAACUAAUGGCAAGGAUCCAGAGCUGCUGGAGCCAAUUCCCUAUGAAUUCAUGGCAUAAUGCAUGUUUAAAAAAAUAAACUGAAGAUCUGGUUUUGGACAAGUG